GUGAUUAAUAUCUUGCUUGUGCUGGCUAAUAUUGUUUAAAGUGUAAAACAUGGAUCCAAGUUUAAGAAAUGUAAUGUUGUUGAGUGUGGGAUUUCUUUUACUGCUUACUGGUACACAAACAAUGCUAAGUAUUCAAAAAACGAUUAUUGAUAGUAUAAAGAAAGACGAUCCAUCUUUUGAAGAAAAUGGAUAUUACAGUCAAGCUAUAAACGGCGGAUUCUCUGCGGUAUUUAACUGGAUAGUUCCAUCAGUCAUCAACGCUUUCGGAUCCAAAGUAGCUAUGGUUUUGGGUGCACUUUUAUGUAUUUUAUUUAUAUUACAAUUCAUGCUAGAAAAAGUUUGGAUUUUGUAUACUGCAUGUGGUUUUUCAGGAUUGGGUUUGGCCUUAUUAUGGGUAGCGGAAGGUAACUACUUGGCGCUUAAUUCCACGGAGACAACCAUUAGCAGAAAUACUGGAAUAUUUACAAUAAUAGCAAGUUGCAAUAUGAUUAUUGGAAACAUAAUUGUUUUAGUUGGAUUUAGUGGAAGAGAAGACAUACACAAAGCAACGCGAACGCUGGUUUUAACUACAUUAGCAGGAGUAUGUACAGUUGCAAUGAUCUUAUUUGUUUUUCUUCCUAAACAUAAAAAGGAAGAAAAAAGCAAUGAAGUUAACGCAGUUGGAGCAUUGGAAACUUUUAUAAAAUCAGUUAAAUUAUUUUGUACAAAAAAUAUGUUAUUGCUAAGUUUUACUUUUGUAUAUGCGGGGCUAGAGUUGGGAUUUUUCAGUGGAAUUUACUCUUCCUCCAUUGGUUUUACAAAAGAAAUACAUAAUCGUAAGCAGCUAGUCGGCAUGUCCGGUAUAUUUGUAGGAAUUGGGGAAGUAUUUGGAGGAAGUGUGAUAAGUAUUUUUGGUAAAAAAGUCUCUGAUUUGGGUCGAAGUGUUUUAAUAGGAGUAGCAUGUUUCGUGCACAGCUUAAGUUUUAUAUUAAUUUUUAUUAAUCUACCCGAUAAUUCUCCUUUUGGUGAUACUGAUGAAUCUGCUAUUAUUCAAAGUAGUACAGUGCUUGCAAUGUUUUGUUCGUUUCUUUUAGGUCUUGGAGAUUGUAUAUACAUAAACGUUAUAUUUAGUUUAAUUGGUACAGUUUAUUCUAAAGAAGCUCCCUCAGCCUUUGCCAUUUUUCAAUUCCUUUUAGCAGUUGGAUUGGUAAUUAAUUUUGUCACAGCUGAGCUGUUAGGCCUUUAUUACAAACUUGCUAUGCUAUUUGGAUUAGGAGUACUAAACACUGUGUGUUUCAUAAUAGUCGAUUCUUCUUGGAAACGUACGCUGUCGGAAAAUAAAGACAAAAAAGAAAUUUCGUAAUGAUUUUUUUAACUUUAAAAGAGAAGAAACGAUUACUUGGUAUAGAGGAAUAGAGGAAAAUAUUAUAGCAUUUUUCAUAUAAAAGUGCUUGCACGUCAUUCAAGAUUUACGACGUCAGAACCCCACAGAAUUGCUAAAACUUCAAAAUAGUUAGUAAGUAAGGAAUUUUUAAAAUGUCAACUGUUUGUCAAAUAUUUUAAUUAAUGAAUGAAUGAAAUGAGGUUGAAUGCUCGAAUAAAUGAACUUUGAAAAUAAGGCUAUUAUCGAGCACAAGUUAAAUAAAUCAAGCCCAAGUACUUUCGCUUAGUUUUAUGUACUUUCACUUAGUUUUAAGACUACUGCAACACACUAAAAUACAAAAGAAAACAUUUUAUUACAAAAUUAUAUAUUCUAAAUUUUAAACUUUUCUUGUUCAAAAUAAUCUUAUAUGAAAGCUUAUCGGCUUUCUACACACUAUUAGUUAUAGUUAUAGUUUUUAAAGCUAUUAAUCUAAAUUUAAUAUGUAUUUAUAAAUACGAUUUAUUAAUAUAUAUAUAUAUAUAUAUAUAU